UUAAACUCAUUCCCCUCGUUGAAUAUUUAUAUAAUUCCUUCAAUCAUUAAUAAUUAGUAAAAAAAAAAAGAAAAAAAGGAAAAAAAAAUUGAUAAGAGGGGGGAAGGAGAAAAUGGGAAGCAAAGUAAUAGUAUCAAUAAUAUCCAUCAUCUUGGUGGUUGGGGUUGUAAUAGGAGUAGUAGCGGUGGUAAACAAAGGAUGGGGAAAAGGUGGUCAUGAUAAUGGUAAGGAUGAUGAGAACUUGUCAGCCUCGAUGAAGACCGUGAAUGCUCUUUGUGCUCCAUCUACAUUUAAAGAUUCAUGCAUUAAGAGCUUAGGUUCUGUGGCUCAGAACCAGGGCGCCACCCCUCAAGACUACGUCAAAGCUGGCAUUAGAAUGGCUUUGGAAGAGAUAAUAAAGGCCAACAACCUCACUGACACCCUUGUCCCCAAAGUUAAUGCAUCAAAAAAUGUUGAGAGGACUAACAUGGCUAUCCAAACUUGUAAGGACCUCUUCAAUUUGGCUGUAGAUCGUCUUGAUGGUUCCAUUAAUCAAGUUCAAGAUCCUAAAAUGUAUAAGGAUAAAGACCUUGUUUGGAAUGUCCGUUUAUGGCUCACUGAUGUUGUCACCUUUGCCACUAGUUGUGUUGAUGAAUUUGAUGAGGCUGAGGCUCCUGAGCUUCAAAGAACUAUGCAGGAUGGUGUUAUCAAUGCCACUGAGCUUACUGUCAGCAUGCUUGAUAUCAUUACCACCUUUAAUGAAGCUCUUGGUGACUUGGGUCUUUCUCUUAAUGCUACCAAAUUGGUUGACCUUUCAGCUGUGGCUAAUGUUACAUCAAACGUCGUUGUUAAUAGUCGUCGCCUCCUUGGCAUAUCCAUUGAUGGCAAUGGCUACCCUACAUGGCUGUCUGCUAUGGACCGCAGACUCUUAGGUGCCAAAAAAGUUGGAAAGAAGAAAAUGUACAAGAAAAAGAAGGGGUUUGGUAAGGGGAAAAAGAAAGGCAAGAAGGGAAAGAAGGGAAAGAAGGGAAAAAAGGGAAAGAAGGUUGUAGCUGCUGGAGGUGCCAUAGCUGCAAUAACAGCUCCUGCAGUUGUACCUGGUAUGAGGCCUAAUGCCAUAGUUGCACAGGAUAGUAGUGGCCAGUUCAGGACCAUCACCGAUGCUCUUAGGGCCCAUCCAGGAAAGAACAUACAAGGACGAUAUGUCAUAUAUGUUAAGGCUGGUAUUUAUAGGGAGGAUGUCCUAGUAGGAAAGGAACACCCUAAUGUUUUCAUUUAUGGAGACGGCCCUACAAGAACAGUGGUAACAGGUGAUAAGAGUUUUUCUAGGGGGUUUCAAACAUCUAAGACAGCUCCCUUUAAUGUGGAGGGUUUGGGGUUCUUUGCCAAGGACAUGGGAUUUCAAAACACUGCAGGUCCCAAGGGGCAUCAAGCCGUGGCUUUAAGGGUCAAUGCUCUUCAAGCUGUAUUCCAAAAUUGUUGGUUUGAUGGCUUCCAAGACACCUUAUAUGUCCAAGGUGGGUCCCAGUUCUUCCGUGAUUGCCAAAUUGCUGGAACUGUGGAUUUCAUCUUUGGCAAUAGUGCUACCUUGAUCCAAAACUCAAGGAUUCUUGCAAAGAAAUGUGAUCCUAACCAAAUGAAUUUAGUCACAGCUCAAGGUGGAGUAGCUGCUAAUGAGCCCACUGGGAUUGUAAUCCAAGGUUGUGAGGUCCUUCCUGAUAGAGAACUUUUUCCACUUCGUUUCCAGCUCAAAACCUACUUGGGUCGUCCAUGGAAGACAUAUGCCAAGACUAUAUUCAUGGAGACUCUGAUGGGGGACUUGAUCCAACCUGCUGGGUACGAACCAUGGGCUGGAAAUGCAAACAUCAACACUGCAUUUUAUGGUGAGUAUGCCAAUCGUGGACCAGGUGCCAACACAGCUAUGCGGGUCAAGUGGAAGAAUGUUAGGGUCUUAGGUAAGCCUGAGGCCCAGCGCUACUCUGCUGGUAUUUUCCUAGCCGGUGCUCCUUGGGUUAAAGCUGUUGGUGUUCCUCUCAGUCUUGAUCUUGCAUAAUGUGUUUGUAUGAGAAAUCAAUUCUCUAGCUACAUUUACUUGAUCACUUUCUUUCAAGAUUCAUUAUUUUGAGAGGAAUCUCCAAGCCUGAUUCUUCUUACCUUAUCUUAGUAUGUAACCCACUCUUAUUGAUUUUCUGGUUUACUAUACGUUGCUAAUGAAUGAACUGAUAUGGAA